AUGUUUGUUCUUUUCUUGUGCAAUCUUUCCUUGGUACCAGCGGCUGCUUCAAAGAAUAAAGUUAAAGGCAGCCAAGGGCAGUUUCCACUCACACAGAAUGUAACGGUUGUUGAAGGCGGAACUGCAAUUUUGACCUGCAGGGUUGAUCAAAAUGAUAACACCUCCCUCCAGUGGUCAAAUCCAGCUCAACAGACUCUGUACUUUGAUGACAAGAAAGCCUUAAGAGACAAUAGAAUCGAGCUGGUUCGGGCUUCCUGGCAUGAACUGAGUAUCAGCGUCAGUGAUGUCUCUCUGUCUGAUGAAGGACAGUACACCUGUUCUUUAUUUACAAUGCCUGUCAAAACUUCCAAGGCCUAUCUCACUGUCCUGGGUGUUCCUGAGAAACCUCAAAUUAGUGGAUUUUCAUCCCCAGUUAUGGAGGGAGACUUGAUGCAGCUGACUUGUAAAACAUCUGGUAGUAAACCUGCAGCUGAUAUAAGAUGGUUCAAAAACGACAAAGAGAUUAAAGAUGUAAAAUAUUUAAAGGAAGAGGAUGCAAAUCGCAAGACGUUCACAGUCAGCAGCACACUGGAUUUCCGAGUGGACAGAAGUGAUGAUGGCGUGGCAGUCAUCUGCAGAGUAGACCACGAAUCUCUCAAUGCCACCCCUCAGGUGGCCAUGCAGGUGCUAGAAAUACACUAUACACCAUCAGUUAAGAUUAUACCAUCCACUCCUUUUCCACAAGAAGGACAGCCUUUAAUUUUGACUUGUGAAUCCAAAGGAAAACCACUGCCAGAACCUGUUUUGUGGACAAAGGAUGGUGGAGAAUUACCAGAUCCUGACCGAAUGGUUGUGAGUGGUAGGGAGCUAAACAUUCUUUUCCUCAACAAAACGGAUAAUGGUACAUACCGAUGUGAAGCCACAAAUACAAUUGGCCAAAGCAGUGCAGAGUACGUUCUCAUUGUACAUGAUGUUCCCAACACUUUGCUUCCCACUACUAUCAUCCCCUCCCUUACCACUGAAACAGUCACAACCACUGUAGCCAUAACAACCUGCCCAACCACAUCUGCAACAACCAGCAACAUGAGAGAUCCCAAUGCUCUGGCUGGCCAGACUGGCCCUGAUCAUGCUCUAAUAGGAGGAAUUGUGGCUGUAGUUGUAUUUGUCACUCUAUGUUCUAUAUUUUUGCUUGGGCGAUAUCUGGCAAGACAUAAAGGAACAUAUUUAACAAAUGAAGCUAAAGGAGCGGAAGAUGCCCCAGAUGCUGACACAGCCAUUAUCAAUGCUGAGGGCAGCCAAGUCAAUGCUGAAGAAAAAAAAGAAUAUUUCAUUUAAAAUGCAGGCCAAGAUUCUGAAUUUUAUGUACCAGGCUGGCUGCUGGAGAAAACUGGCUAUCAUCUUUCAGAAUUCAUUUCUACCAUCUUCUGCUACCUUUAUUAACUUCCAUAUCGUACUGCUAUCUGUAGCCAGUGUAUGCCAACAAUCAGCUGUCGAAAGCAUCAUUCUUUAAUUACUGUACCAUCCAUAAUGCAGGACAUUUAUUACCGCCUAAAUUCCACACCAUUGCUCUUUUAACAUACAGUGCUUGAAUAUACAGCCUUAACAAUGUUAAUCAUCUCCUUGGAUCAUGAUAUUGAAUUGUUUUUGUACACUGAAAAAAAAAAGUAUGCAGAGCUUCCCCCACCCCCUCAUUUUUGGCUCCCUUUAAAUCAAAGAUCUUGUAAACCUACCACUGGACAGCUUUCACAAGGAACAGGAUUAGGUAAAGACCUAACAUGCUUAAGUUCAAUUCAGAUGUGAGAGGUUUAUGAUGUUUUCUACAUGUCUAUCUUCAAAGACAUGUUUUGGAAGCAUAUGCCCUAAAAAACACAAACUGAAAUAAACUACUGUAGAAUAGAUUCUGGAAUAUUUGAGAUUAUACUGAUAAAGCUGUAUCAAUUUGCUAUUUAAAAAUAUAGUAUUUGAUACAGGAGCCAUGAAUAUGGAUUACAGUCAUGACAUGCUGUCUUAUAUAAUUAUAU